AUGUCGAGUUCAAACACUCCAGACCACAGUGGGGUGGCCCCGGAAUCUCUGAUCCAUGUCUCCUACCUUGCGGGCUAUAUCUUUCUUUCCUACGUGAUCAGCUCGAUGGGAUGUGCAACAACACUGGAGUUGCUGCAUCGGAGGACUUCGCGAUCUGGUUUCUAUAAUUGGUAUCUACUCCUCACAUCAUCCAUUACCAUGGGCGGCAUCGGAAUCUGGUGCAUGCACUUUAUCGGCAAUCGAGCUAUCGUCCUCGGCAACGGCGAUAAAGACAUCCAAGUCCUUUACAACGUCGCCUUCACUGGUACCUCGUUCAUCCUUCCGGUGAUCGUCCUGCUUGUCGCGUUUUACUCCGUCGGCGUUGAAGGGAAAGCAGGAUAUCUCCGCAUCAUGACCGGUGGAUUUUUGACUGGCAGCUCAGUAUGUGGAAUGCACUACGUGGGUCAACUGGGCGUUGCAAACUACAGGUGCUCCUACCGCGUCGCGAACGUUAUCGGCUCCGCAAUAAUCGCCAUAUUCUCCAGCACUGCUGCUCUGGGAAUCUUCUUUCGAUGGAGGGCAACUUGGACGGACAGCUGGUGGCGACGGGGGAUGUGUGCUUGCUUGCUUGCAGCUGCGGUCUCGGGAAUGCAUUGGACGGCUGCUGUUGGAACGAAAUAUAAGGGGCGUGAUAAGUCGAUUAGACAAGGGACGCAAUUGUCUCGAAGCCAGGUCGUCAUUAUCUGCGCUGUUCUGGCCUGUGUUUCAUGUUUGAUUCUCUCUGCGUGUGCGAUUGUGGCAGGUGGAAACCGAAGAAGAUCGACAACGCGUGCACACCAGCUUGUUCUUGCUUGUGCGUACUUUGAUCCAGCAGGCCGAGUCAUGGUUACCCCGCAGGCUCUUUUGCCUACCCGAAAGAUUGUCGAUCACUAUAUCGGACGGACAUUCAAAGACGACGAUCUCACCCGCACACACCCGACCUUCCUUUGGGCCUUUAGGGCAAGUCGGAACUGGGGUGUUGUCAAAGACCUCAUUCCAUUCAUGCGAAACCGCCUCGAAUCCGAAGAACGAGCCAUCCAGAAACAUGUACUAUCACGAGGAGUUGUUAUGGACAAGGAGACGGAACUGCAAACGGACUUCGAUACUCUGUUCAAGCAACUCUUCUGCGUGACGGCCCAAGAGCUCUCAGAUGAGCUGCGACAGCCUCUUCAGGAUCUGGGAACUCUAUACGAUGAUGUUCUCGCCACCGCCAUCCCAGUUUCGCGUCUCUCUAGAGCUAUGGGCCGUUCGUCUCUGCGUACAGGCAAGGGUCAAUUGAUCUUCAGUGUCCGCCAGCUUCAGAAGCAUGAAGCAAACCGUCUGGCAUCCACCGGAUUCAGAUUCGCUACUAUUGAACAUGUCACAUCCACUUUAUCUCGCCGUAUCCAUGUCCCGGAGGUCACACUUCUCGAUCAUCUCCGUGAUAUGCGCGACUAUGCCACGUCCAAUCGCGGCUUCGAAGAAGGCGUGCACCUCAUCUCCUUUGUCAUGCGUCCUACAGUCCAGGACCACUUCGAAAUUCUAACCACCAAAGGAACCGGCAACCCACUCCCGUCGUCGACAUUGCCAAUCAAGCGAUUGAACGUGCAACACCUCGACAUCCUCUCCCACAUGGAAGGAUGGUCCAUGAAUACUUGCCUCAAAUACCUUCAAUCCAAAACCGCAGUCCAGGUCGACAAAUCCCUGGACGAGUUCCGCGAAUACCUCGUACGAGGAAUCACCUCUCUCGCAAGCUCAUUCCCCGAAGAAAUGCGCUCCGCCGCAACAUUCUCUGCCCGACCACUCGUCGCACCCUGCCGUAGCGCCGUCCGCACCUCAGAAGAGAUCCAUACCCCCCAACAAUGCACUCUCCUCACCUUCUGCGUCGUCGGCACCCUCGACACCCAAGUCCCCAACCCCGACUUCACCUUCACACCUUUCCGUCUCUUCCGCGUCCAGCAACAAGUCAACGACACAUUUGCCGACCGCGAAGGCUUCAGCCGCGAACUAAACCAAGAUCUCUUCUGCACAGAUGUACGAUCUGGUUCCUCCGCAUACGAAUCAGUCCCAUCGACCCGGUCUGGAAUUCUCCGUCUCUGGCCCUCGCGAAAUCUUCCACACCCACGCAAAUCACCUUCUGGUCUCUCCCAGGAAUCACUGGUAGAGCCACAUGCCACGGCAUUGGGUGAUAUUACCGUGCAGAAGGAGGUCCGGGUGGAUGUGACCCGGCUGAGCGAGAAUAAUGCCGUGCAGAAUGCCGUUAACACGCAUGGUGCGAUUAUUGCGGCUGGGAAUGCGGCUAUGACGCCUGCUACCUAUGUCGAUGAGUUGUAUAGUUUGUGUUAUGCACCGGGAAUUCGAUUGUGCCCGGACUCGACGUUGCGGCGCUCACAAAAGUCCGAUAUGUCAUGA